AUGUUUAGAAAUAACUACGACAACGACUCUGUCACCUACUCUCCAACGGGUCGUCUUUUUCAAGUCGAGUAUGCCUUGGAGGCUAUCAAGCAAGGCAGUGCUGCCGUGGGAAUUGCUUCUUCUUCUCACGUUGUUCUAGUGGCCUUGAAGAGAAAUGUCGAGGAAUUGGGCAGCUAUCAGAAAAAAAUCAUCAAAGUAGAUGACCACAUGGGUAUCGCUUUGGCUGGAUUGGCCCCAGACGCCCGUGUUUUGUCCAAUUACUUGAGAAAACAAGCCAUGAACUCAAAACUCGUCUUCAACAGACCUUUGCCCACCUCCAAGGCCGUUUUGCUGAUCGCCGACAAAGCUCAAGAAAACACACAGCUGUACGGCUCUAGACCUUACGGUGUUGGUUUACUCGUGGCCGGCUGGGAUGAGACUGGUGCUCACCUAUAUGAAUUUCAGCCCUCUGGCUCCGUUUUGGAGUACUUCGGUACCGCUAUCGGUGCCCGCUCGCAGGCCGCCAGAACAUACUUGGAACGCAAUUUAGAUAGUAUUCGUUCUUGUGACCAAAUUGAAGACCUCAUUGUUCACGGCUUGAGUGCUUUGAGGGAUACGUUGUCCCAGGAUAUGGAAUUGACCAUCCGCAACACCACAGUCAGUGUUGUGGGCAAGGACAAGUCCUUCACAGUUUACGACGAUGAAGAUGUACAGCAGUGGUUGAACAAGCUUGACUCCACAUCCAACACGAGGAAUAACGAGGACGACGACAAUGAUGACAAUAACGCAGAAGGCGCUGACACGAACGAGACUGCUGCCGCUGAGGGCGAAGGUGAAGGUGCUGGUGAACAACCUCCUGCUGAUGAAGAUAGAAUGGAAACUGAUUGA